CCCCACACGCGGACCGAUGGGCUGCUCGCCCCCUCCCCCUCGCCUCCAUCAUUUUCCCAUCUCUUACUCUCUUCCCCUCAACAAACAUGGCCGCGAAAUCUGACGGUGCUCCCGUCUCUCCGCGAAACGAAAUCCCACCCGAGUGCCCCGCCAGGUCCGACCCGGCACCCCCGGAGCGCCGUCUCAGCGAGCACCGCUACACCCUGGAGGACUUCUGCUGGACGCUCUUCCUCAUGCUGGUCUUUUUCUCGGACGGGGCCUCAGACCUGUGGCUGGCCGCCGACUACUACCUAAGGAUGCAGUACUGGCCCUUUGCCAUGACUCUGGUCUUUGUGAUCGUCCCAUCCGUGGUCGUGCAUGUGUUGAGCUUUCGGUGGUUCGCCUUCGACUUCACGGAGACCGUGGAGAGCGGCACCGCGGCGGCCGCCGUGGUGGCGGCGUCGGGAGCGGAGGGAGGCGACUUCAGCACCAAGGACAGCGGCGAGUGGGGCGCUGGCCGGGCUGCCGCGGCCGGGGUGCUGCCGGGGCCGUCCGGCGGCGGCGGCCGAGUCCGGGGCUGCUGCAGAGCCUUCGUGUGGUUCUUUCAGGCCCUCAUUCACAUUUUACAGCUGGCACAGGUGUGGAGGUACGUCCACGCCUUGUAUUUGGGGGUGCAGAGCCGCUGGCAUGGAGACCCCGAGCGCCGUCAGUACUACUGCCGCAUGAUGUUUGAGAGCGCAGAUAUCAGCAUGCUGCGUCUGCUCGAGUCCUUCCUGAAGAGCGCUCCUCAGCUCGUGCUGCAGCUCAGCAUCAUGAUCUACACCAGUCAGGUGCUGCCUCUUCAGGGGAUUUCGGCUUUUGCCUCGCUGCUAUCCCUCACCUGUAUGAUCUCCUCCUACCAGAAAGUCCUGAGAGACUCAAGAGACGACAAGCUUCCCAUGACCUACAAAGCCGUGAUGGUCCAGAUUCUGUGGCACCUGUUCACCAUCGGUGCUCGCGCGCUGGCCUUCGCCCUGUUCGCCUCCGUGUUCCAUCUUUACUUUGGCAUCUUCAUCGUGGCCCACUGGUGCAUCAUGACCUUCUGGAUAAUCCAAGGCGAGACGGACUUCUGCAUGUCCAAGUGGGAGGAGAUCAUCUACAACAUGAUGGUGGGCAUCGUGUAUAUCUUCUGCUGGUUCAGUGUCAGAGAGGGGCGCACCCGCUGCAGGUUGCUCAUCUACAGCCUGACGGUGUUCAUCGAGAACGUGGCGCUCACCACCGCCUGGUACGUCUACCGCAGCACCACGGAGCGCCACAGCGGGCCAGACUUCUACGCUGUCGUCAUGGUGUGCGUGGUGGCCAGCAGCUACGCUCUUGGCACCUUCUUCAUGUUUGUAUAUUACUGCUUGCUGCACCCCAACGGCUCCAUGUCAGGGUGGGGUUAUAUAAUACAGAAGGAGGUACCUGUGGAGCUGCUGGCCUCCCCAACCUCCAGCCUCCCACCUGAUGUAGUUAGCAGCCCUCCAAGGACCCUUCAGAGAACUAAAGGCUUGGACAGGGAGCCUGGGGUGGACGGAGACGUCUUUAAGGUACGCCCACCAAGGGGGGCUAAGCCCCUAGUGCCCAAUCUCAAACCCAGGACAGAGGGGCCCAUCAUCCGAAUAGACUUACCGAGAAAGAAAUACCCUGCAUGGGACGCUCAUUACAUUGACCGACGACUGCGUAAAACCAUCCUGGUGCUCGAGAGCGCCGCUCCGGUGACGCCGAGGAUUCAGUACCGCUGCCUGAGCACAGCCAAAGAAGUGAUGGAGUAUGAGACCACCGUGUGAUGUGCCGAAGCCGCUGUGACUCAGCUCGCCGCCGCGGGGACAUCCUGCCUUAAGUGAAGAUGGCAGGAGGACUGCUGUCAAUGCACAGUCUGCUUCAGCUCAACGAGCACCGAUUGCUCUCUGCGCUGGUAGGCGGUGCACACAAACAGGCAGAGAGAAGUGUGGAGUGAUGUGUCUUUAUGUUCUGCUAAAAACAAAACAAAAAAAAAAAGGGUUUUAAAAAAACAAACAAAAUCACGCGAUGUUGUGUACAGAAGGUGCAUACUUUGGUUUCUAUAUCAGUUCUCAGGUCAUGAUGCGGCACAAGAGGUGAACUUAGAGAAAAGCACAGGCAGGCAAACAAGCGGGGCUGUUAGUACCUCCUCCGUGAGGGAGCACCAACACGUCCUCUGCAGGGGGUCGACGGCGGAGACGAGCCUUCAGCACGCAGGAUUAUUUAUGGCAGCUAGAACACCGCUGAGUGAGUACGCGAGGCUGUUUAAAAACGGCGAUCCUGCAAACAAUCCACAAGAACCACAGCACAGGUAGUUUUCUUGGUUGUUGUCCUUUUCACUAGCUUAGAGUCAUGUUGCAAGAGUCUCUGAAGAGUGGAGUGUAAAAGCAACAUUUGGGCUGAAUGUAAAAACUGUGGUAAGUGUGAAUAUUUAUAACGAGGCUUUUUAAGCAUUUUCAUGCUGUUAGUAGGAUUUUGAACAUUCCCGUGGUUCUUUUUUUUUAAGUUAAAACUGAGAUAAAAGGAAAUUUGUUUACAAGCAGUCUGUUCUAUCGUUCCUUUCUCUUUUAAGAAUGCGUAUGCACUGAAAAACAUCUUUAUUGUGAUCUUCAUGAUUUUUACAGGAUAGAGAUGUGAUGGACUUUACACGUCAAAGCUUAAGCUCAUCUUAAGCAGCAAAAGCUACAUGACAGAUAUUAUUUAACAUGUAAAUUACUGUAUAAUGAAGAGGAAGUUUUAGAGGGACAGCAGUGUUUGUUAUUGUACUGUACUGAUACUUUCUUAAAGCAACUAUCUUAAAAAAUUUAGAA